AUGAAGGAGUACAAAGAGGCUUUGCUCCAGCUCCCAUACGGUAGGCGCUCCCUGUCUUAUCUUCUUCAUGAAGAUAAGCUUCGAGCCUGUGGUCUCCUGGAGCAGGAUCAAUCAAUAGAUGAUACUGCCUACCGGAAGUAUACCAAGUGGGACGUUUUGAGAUCAUUUUCUAAUUCUGGUUGGCCUGCUAAGGUCCCCAAAAAGACCGAGGUGACUCCUCCUCCCCCCGCUCCUAUUGUUCCCAGUAGCGGACCCCACUCCGAGGUCGACAUUCCUGCAGCAGAUGCUCUUCCUUUGCCUCCUGCUAUCAAGAUCCUUCCAACGCUCGGCCCAGCUCCGAAGAAACCAGCGAUCACUAAGGGGCACCUGUUGUCAAUUUCUACUCAUUCUUAUGAGUAUGUCAUCGAAAAUGCUGCCGAGACUCACAGAGCCACUCUUGGCUCAGACGUCCUGUCUUGGGUAGGCCAAAGCUUCAGCAGACUUGGGGCUCCUCAGUGGCAGUUCUUGGUCAAUGCUCAAAACUCCAAUGUCCUUUAUGACAAGUGUACCGAGCACAUCUCCUCGGCUCUUGCUGUAGUUGCUCAGCUAAAUUACAAGCUGAACAAUGAGGUUCAUGCGAGCAUGUACAAUGCUCAGGAGUCGAAGGAUCUCCAGCUUAAGCUCACUGACGAGUUCAAGACUGCAAAAUUAAAGCUGGAGGCUGAACUCGAGAAGCUGAAAGCCGAGCUCAAAGAAAAGAGCUCCAGGGUUGAGGAGCUUGAGAAGCUGGAUGCCAAGCUCGAGGAGGAGAAAAAGGCCACCUUCGAGAUAAUAGAGGGUGAAAAGGCUCGUCUUCUCGAAGAGUUUAAGCAGAGGAAGGAUCGGGCAGUCGACAUGGCCAUGUACAGGAUCUGGGCCAACGACGUCGAUCUCAACACAAGCUUCUUAGGCUCUUUUGAGGACGAGUUUCUGGAAAAAUGGCAAGCUCAGCUAGAGGCAGAGGAAGCUGCUCGGGAGGAUGCUGAGAAGGCUAAGGAGGGUUCUCCUACCUCCUAAAUCUCGAUCAUGGACUGCGUCCCUCUGAAACAUUUGUAAUAGUUUAUAGCUUUUGUUUUUCAUGCCCUUGGGGCAAAAACAAUUUACAGCUCGUAGAAAAGCUAUUUACUUUCGAUAUUUUUAAUACCAUGUUCGUCUUCACUUUAAUAUUUUUUCUUUACAUCUCUCUGAUAGAAAUAUUUUAAGCAAUUUAUAUUAAAUGUUUGCUUUUAUGUUUGUUUAUAAAUACAAACACAUGUUGGAUUUA